GCUACUUGACGUUAGCACAGCUGCUUUCUGAGAGAAAAUCAGUCUAAUUUAGGAUUAAUACCAUCUUUCACGUGACGUUUCAAACUAUGGGUUUACAAGACACAUUUUAAAUUAAUUCCUGCUAUCUCCUGUGUUGUAACGUUUUAUUUAGCUUACAAAGCCUUUAGUUUCUAUUAUUCUUGUUAGGUUAGCUUGUACACACAGUUAGCCAUGUAUACAGAACUAAACAGUAUCUUGAACACAACUCCUGACAGCUUCACACAGGGAGAAUUUGUGUUGCUGUCAGACAGACAGAGUGAUGCCUCUUUCCUCAUUCACCACUUCCUCUCUUUGUACCUACGAGCACGCUGCAAAGUGUGUUUUGUGGGUCUGGUGCAGUCCUUCAAUCAUUACAGUGCCAUCAGUCAGAGACUGGGUGUUAGCCUAACACAAGCGAAGGAAAAAGGUCAGCUGGUUUUCCUGGAGGGACAGAAAGAGUCGCUGUCUGUUUUGAUUCCUCAAGAAAACGACACAGGAAGUCAGGCCAUGGACUUCCUCAGGGAUCCUUCUGUCGGCCUGAAGAAUCUCUAUGAGUUUGUGCGCUCCGCUGUGAGCAGUAAUGGUGAGGAGGGGGGGGAUGGGUCAGAGGAGUGGGGGCCCCCGGUGCUGCUGGUGGACGACCUCAGUGUGCUGCUGAGUCUGGGGGUGAGCGCUGGAGCCGUGCUGGACUUCAGCCACUACUGCAGGGCCAUCGUCUGCUCCCAGCUGCAGGGUAACGUGGUGAUGCUGGUUCGCUGUGAUGGGGAGGGAGAGGAAGACGAGGGAGAUGAUGAAGGCUCAGAGAGACUGAUGAAGGGCCUCACCCACCAGUGCAGCCUCACUCUUCAUGUACAGGGUCUCCCAACCGGCUACUGCAGGGACAUACACGGGCAGGUGGAAGUGUGUUGGAGGAGGAGACAGGGCGAUGGGCAGUACACUCAGAAGAAACUCUUUCAGUACAAGGUCCACGAUAAAGGAGCCUCCUUCUUCGCUCCCGGGACAUCCAGCGCUGUCCUCUAGUCUCACCUCUCUCUAUCCUCGUUGACAUUCUUCUCUUUUACAUCUGACAACUGACUGUUUAUAUUUGAAUAACACCAGAUGUCAGGGGUUUAGCUACCUAAGGGUUUGGUGAACUUGACAAACAUUCGGAGUCUCGCUAGUGUCAACGACCCAGCCUGGACCCUAGACGAUCUUUAGGAAGGAUACUGUGAUCCUGCUAGUCGAUUGCCUGGUCUCAGAUCUCUGAAUUGCUUCACAUUUCUAAGAAUAGUUUUUUUCAGCUAUUCCAAUAAGUUAACAGAAGACAUAAUGACUAUACCGUCUGAUUGCCAGGUACAAUGACCACAAGGAGACUCAAAACUACAUAUAGAAAACCAAAACCACAACAAAAAGAGGCUAAUCACCUGUAAAGUCUGUGUGUUUUGCUCCUAUGUACGAGAGGUGGUAGGGCUCUUUGCAUAUCUGUGCCCCACUCUCUCAUAAUCAGCCCAUGUUUCCGUCUUGAAUCAUGAUACCACUGAAUGUAUUUUGGUUGAAUAAAAUGUAAUAAAACAGUGGGAAAUGU